CUCCGUCCCUGCAUCGCAGAUGCUUAAAAGGACCCCUCUGCGACUGGCCUUUUGGAUGUUGUUUCCCCUUCGGUACAGACCAAUUCACUCCAAUUCAACUCUUACAUCGCUCUUGGACUUUUCAUCACUCACAACCAACUCCCAACUUCUCUUCAUCAACCUCACCUUCCCACCCAACAAUCACAAUGACUGUCACCAAGGCUUCCACCUGUUGCGGCAAGAGCGCCGAGUGCGUCUGUGCCCAGCAAGCGACCUGCUCCUGCGGCAAGCAGUCUGCCCUCCAAUGCACCUGCAGCAAGGCCGCCUCCGAGAAUGUUGUCGCCGGACCCCGCUGCUCGUGCAGAGCCCGUCCCGUUGGCGAAUGCACUUGCGACCGUGCCUCCACAGAGAACACUAAGCCAUCCGGCGAGACCUGCUCCUGCGGAUCUCGUCCCGCAGAUGCCUGCACAUGUGAUAAGGCAGCCUCUACCGUGUAUGACCGUUCUCUUCACCCUGCAAAACUACACGGAGCAUUGGGAUCGGCGUUCAAGGGUCUCUGGGAUUGGUUGUACGGCACGACGGCGACGGGCCCGACGGUGGAGGACAAGGCGUUAAUGGUUUAUGAUGGCGUGGUUGCUUUGGAGCGGACGGGCUUCUUCAAGGUGUUGGACUCGUUUGUGAGCGAACCCAAGGUACUGGAGGCAGUCUCGACUGUUGAGCCUGGAGAACUCAAACCUGAGGAGCCCGAAAAGGUCGAAGAGUCUGAGAAGGUAGAGAAGCCUGAAGAGGUAGAGGAGCCUGAAGAGGUAGAGGAGCCUCCUGCGCGACCUCCAAACCAACCUCAGAAUGGCGGCGGCGGGAACAGGAGGAACAAAGCGAAGAACAAGAAGAAUAAGAAGAAGGGAAAAUGA